AUGCUACAUAGACAUUCUGCCAAGCAAAAGAGACCAAGAACAUUAGUGUACCAUCGCGAGGAAUUGCACUCUCCCAAACUGGAGGAAGCGGGCCUAUUGCCCGAACAGAUCCACGGGCUCCACCUUGGCACUGUGAUGGAGAACCAGUCAGCCUCUGAGAACGGCGGCAGCCAUUUUCAGCCCAACCGGUACCGGAUUCCCCAGAAGGGGCUGCCCGAGGCGACCGCGUACGACCUGAUUCACAACGAAUUAUCGCUGGACGGCAACCCACACUUGAACCUGGCCAGUUUUGUCAACACCGAGACCUCGGCGAUCGCCACGAAGCUGAUCACCGAGAACAUCAACAAGAACCUGGCGGACAACGACGAGUACCCGCAGCUGAUCGAGCUGACCCAGCGCUGCAUCUCGAUGCUGGCGCAGCUGUGGCACUGCGACGAGGACAAGUACGACCCGCUCGGCUGCGCCACCACCGGGUCCAGCGAGGCGAUCAUGCUCGGCGGGCUCGCGAUGAAGAAGCGCUGGGAACACAGAAUGCGCGGCGCGGGCAAGUCGACCGCGAAGCCCAACAUCCUCAUGUCGACCGCGUCGCAGGUCGCCCUCGAGAAGUUUGCCCGCUACUUCGACGUCGAAUGCAGACUCAUCCCCGUGUCCGCCAAGAGCAACCACUGCCUCGAUCCGCAGCUGCUGUGGGACUACGUCGACGAGAACACCAUCGGCGCGUUCGUCAUCCUCGGCACCACCUACACCGGCCACCUCGAGUCCGUUGAGCACGUCUGCGACGUGCUCACCGAGAUCGAGAACGCCCACCCGGACUGGUCCAACACCGAGAUCCCGAUCCACGUCGACGGCGCGUCCGGCGGCUUCAUCGUCCCCUUCACCUUCUCCGAGAGACAGAUGGCGAGCUACAGGAUGCAGCGCUGGGGCUUCAACCACCCGCGCGUCAUGAGCAUCAACGCGAGCGGCCACAAGUUCGGCCUCACCACGCCGGGCCUCGGCUGGGUGCUGUGGCGCAGCGAAGAUCUGCUGGCCGACGAGCUCAAGUUCAAGAUCAACUACCUCGGCGGCGUCGAGGAGUCCUUCGGCCUCAACUUCUCCCGCCCGGGCUUCCAAGUGAUCCACCAGUACUACAACUUUGUGUCGCUCGGCAGAGCCGGCUACCACGCCCACUUUGCCAAGUCCAUCUUUGUGGCCCGCGCCUUCUGCCACGAGCUGCUUGUCUCGGAGAGAAUGCCGGGCUUCUUCGAGGUGGUCAGCAGCAUCCACGAGCGCAUCGACGCGCCGCCGGGCCGCUCCCGGCUGCCAGACUCGGUCAACGAGUACUGGGAAAAACCCGCAGAGUUCAAGCCGGGCGUCCCGCUUGCCGCCUUCAAGCUCUCGCGCGCGUUCCACGACCAGUACCCGGAGAUCCCGCAGUCCAUGCUCGCCGCGCUGCUCAGAAGCAGGGGCUGGAUCGUCCCCAACUACCCGCUGCCCAGCUCCACCGACGGCUCCGACCAGCACGAAGUGCUGCGAGUCGUGUUCCGCUCCGAGAUGAAGCUCGACCUCGCGCAGCUGCUCAUCGUCGACAUCGAGCAUGUGGUCACAAAACUGAUCAAGAGCUACAAGAUACUGCUCGAGAGCCUGCCGGCCAACGAGCACUCCCAGCACAGGCGCGACUUUGUGUACAAGAUGCUGCUGAAGUUGGCUUCGCCAACUUCCGGCGACGAGCCGCCGCUCGAGCUCCAGCCCGAACGCCGUGAGAGCCUAUCCAAGAACUACAAGGGUACUUGCUAA